CGUUACGAGCGGCCUGGAUCGAAUGCUGAGAAGCGUUGCAUGGGAAUAAUUCUUGAGAAGCACGUUUUAAUAUCGCGUACUUGUUGAAAACAUUUUCUCCACGCUUUCAUUUCUUUCUCACACUCGGAGUAAGGUUUGUGCAUGGGGCAGAGGACUAAAGACGCAGAUAGAAUGGCACAGAACAACACAAGCGUCUCUGAUUUACACCCGUCGAUAUUAUGCUGAGUAAAUAUCACUGAUUCCAGGUAAGACAACUUGUUUCUUUGCCGCUUGAAAUGAUAUUGCAAAGCUAAAAUUUACUGGAAAUAGUAUUUUUCUCUUGAAUUGUGUUAAAUAUAAACGGCGAGAUUAGCGAUGGGGAAAAAUAAGACACGCAAGUUAAUGUAAUGACGGAAAUGGAUAAAUAGAGAAAAAUCGCAUUCUAGUUUUUUUACAGGUAAUCACAUGAUUUCGAGUGCAAUUUGGAAUAAAUACACACGAGUAAAUUUUUUCAAAGGCUAACAAAAUUGCACGAGCCCGUAGGGCGAGUGCAAUUUGUGGUCUUUGAAAAAAUUUACGAGUGCUUAUUUAUUCCAAAUUGCACGAGAAAAAUUAUGUGAUUACUUGUUAAUAAUAUUCAUGAAAAAACUGCGAGAUAGCUUUAAAAUCUCUUUAAUAGGGAGUCAACCCGCGUAAACUACGUGCAAAAAUAAAUUAUUCAAACGCUGCAAAUAUCAUCACACGUGCAGUCAAAACAACAUUUUGCUCGAUGUUUUUAAAGUUUGCAAGCUGCAGAAAUGGGCUGAACAGUUCCUGGAAUUGUUCAAUGUGUUUGAAAUAAAGAUUUUGGGUUAUUACCUCGAGUUUUCCGCUCUUCCAGAGAAUUUCUUCUUCCUCCUCUGAUAUUUGCCGAGCUUUGUUUGGGCGCUUACCACGGCCAGCCAAGCGAAGCUGUUUCGCUUUUUCCUCCAACACCUCUUUGGACGAACUAAAUUCUCGGUCACGUACAAUGGACAGGGUGCAGCCUUUGUACUUAAAGUGUCUAUCAAGCAAUGCCUUCAUAUAUUACUUUAAGGCUUUCUGGUUCAUAAAUCUUCACCUUUUUUGUAUUGUUUACUUCGGCGUAGAAAUGUUCAGGCAAAGUGUUAUAAGCUCAGCCGGCUCAUAAUUUUCUAUUUCAUCAGUAAUUUCCUUACCUACGCACCAAUUCUUCCAAAAAGAGAGCCAAAAACCAGUGCUUUUCGCAGUGUUUUCGUUUUUAGAGCAGUUUUUCAGCUCCUCUACAGUUGUUUCGGUCGCAAAAGCAAAUGUGCUGCAAUCGCCAACCACUGCGGUUUUUGCUCGAAACUGGCCAUGGUCCGGAGCGGAUCAAAAUUUUGGGCCAUUUAGUUGGCGCAUUUGAUUGGCUCUCAGUGAGUUCCUUUGUUUAUUAGCCAAUCAGAAUGUCACGUUUGUUACUCUUUUCUGCACUCCAUUAUCUUUUUUCUGCACUCAAUUACCUUUUUUCUGCACUGUGUUACCUAAAAACUGCAUUCCUCGUAGCCAAUCACAAUCGAGAAAUUUUUUCAUGUAUAUUAUUAUUGAAGUUAUCACGAUUUUUUAUGUACAUGUGGAGCUGCACUAAAAGCGAAUUUAGAAUCAGAAGCACGUAAUCAUCGUUUCAACUAACACUCCAUAAUAGCACCAUCAGAAAUGUAAUAAACACAGUUUACGCCCUCUAGCUCGCUGAAACAUUUGUGGGAUUUUCUUUAGGGAGUAGUUUAGAGAUAUAUGACGUUCGAAAACCAUUAAUGAUAUAAACUGUCAGUCAGGCAACACUUCGGUGUUCAACUCAUUUCGUCGCUCCGGCCUUUCGAUGGCUGCCUUCCGAUCGCUUUAUAGCGCAUUGUAACUUUUUGUAAACUUGUCAGUUAAAUAUUAACCCUUGCUAAAAAGACAAAAUGUCUCGGCCCGACGUAUAAAACUAGAAAUACGUAGAUCGCAGGACCUCGCGAAUGACUUAACGCUUGCUAAAAAGACAAAAUGUCUUGGCCCGACGUAUAAAUGAGCUGCGCAGUCUUCUGCAACUUAUUGAUGCAAAGGAAUUAAAAAAUAUAGAAUAGUACUUCACCGAUCGAGGAUUACGACAAGAAAUCGAUGUGUCUUAAUUUACUCUCAAAGGACUGAUAUUUGAACCAUCUCGAUGCGGUCAUCAGAUUUUUAUUUUUACUUUUACCGUAAAUCCUCUAUUAAGCCCCCCGGGGGGCUUAUUUUUUUCAAGCACUUUUGAGGGGGGGCUUAUUUAAUUUAGCGAAACGCAUCACCUGUAGCAAAAAUACCGUGGUAUGAGGCAGAGUAGACUUACGCAUAGUACAAUUAAAGUCACUGUCAAAAGUAUUUAAUUCACUUGUGGGAGCCUAAAAGUAACAAAAACAAAAUUCUUAUUCUUCAAAAAUGUGCUUUCGGCCUCAUGUUCUUUGGUAAUUUUUAUGAAUAAACCAUAACUGAUCAGUCCACGUUAAUCAUUAAUUCUUUUUUUUUGAAGAAUAAGGAUUGGGAAAGGGGGAGGGGAGAGGGCUUAAAAGAGAGGGGGGCUUAUUAACGUUCCUCCUCUGAAAAGGGGGGGGGGGGCUUAUUUGAGGGGGGGCUUAAUAGAGGAUUUACGGUAUUUAUUUUUAUUUUCAGUCAGCAGUAUUUAUUCCCAGGCAAAAUAAAUGCUUAAUCUUUAUUUUUACAGCAAUUUUGUGAAAACAUUCCAUGUUUACGAAAAGAGAUGAUGCUUGGUAACCUCAUUGCAAAAACAAAAGAAUUUGUGUUUUAUCUGUAACAAAGGUAUUCAGCCAAGUGUCUACGAUUUAUUCAUUCCAUUACUGUAUUUGACUUCAAGGCAGUUUAAAAAUAAUCUUUUCCUUUUCUUUUGCCUCUUUUCCCUACAAAGCAUAUAAAAUAAUACAUCAUCCCAUUACGUCACGAAAAAUUUGUUAUUUGUUGGUUCUAAGAGUAGCAGCAAAUUAUUGUUUUCACGGUUCCAGCGUAUUGACAGCUGUCAUGGAGACUCAAGUAUAAAAGAGUGGGAUUUUACUGAGGUUAUCAUUCUAAGCUGAUAUCGCUGCCUGAGUUCUGAGUUUCGUUUGUAAAUGCUUUUUUCUUGUUGUGUCUUUUUGUGAUUUCAUUGUUUUCACUGUUCACCGUUUCAACAAUAGGGAAUAGGCAAAACAGGAAGCAUUAUAUAAACCAACCAAGCACUAAGUGAAAAUAACAUUUAGAGCAUCAGUUAACAUCCUCUCAAACUCCACCAUGUUUUUUAUCUUCACUCACUUUGUUUUGGCCUUUACAUGGAGGUGGGGGACCCCAGUUAGGUGAGGUGAAACCUCCCACGCAGUGACGUUCUUCGGGCUUCGUCACUCGUUUUUUCUCCAUGAAGGAAGGAGUGCGUGACAAAGCCCUAAGAACGUGGGAGGCUACAAUAGCUCAGGUGGGUCAGCACUCAUUAACAUCCGUCAAAAGGACCUCUCAUCUUCGGUCGGAUUUCGUAAGCAUAUGAUGUCACGCUCGCCUCGAAGUUUAAUAUGCGAUCCCAUCCAUCUGCACUUCGAUCAUCUAUAUCCGACUUGUUUGAUUUUUGGUGAGAGGUUUUGUCCCAUUUUUUCGAUCAUUCCUCGAUUGAUUCCAAGGAUGUUUUGAUGUUUCAAGCCUCCUCUUACUCGGCGGGGAAAAGGACUUUUCAGUGGAUGUUUAUACUGAAUAACAUCCGUUGAAUGGCCCCAGAUCACCAGGCUGUGUAUCUAGGUGACAAUUAUAAAUUAUCACUUUCCGUAUUGAAUUAAUACAUGUACAGUGUAAAAAUCACCAUACUUAUAUUUUACACUUGAGGAGAAGGAUCAAUAUCAUUAUUACGUCAUGUUAUUUAUUUAUUAUGUCAUUUUACCAUAUAAGUUAUAAUAAUAAUAUUAUUUAAUAAUAUUUCUGUUCAAUUUCAUUAAAAUGACUGGUCACUGGAUAGCCCAGGGACUGCCCUAACAGUGGGUGGGUGGAACAGGCGUGGAGGCCAAAAUUAGUGGGGUAGGGAGUGGGCUAUUUUGACACAACCCCUUCAGUAUGCAGCAGUGUUCACUAGAGGCUUUGACUGGCAAGUACCUUGUUCUUAAUUUGCCCUAGCCUCUGAGCUGAAUCAGGCCUCUGCUGCGAAUGAUGAUGUUUUUUUAUUUUGCACGCAUUGUCCCACCUCGAAUAUCCUUGCUAGCUGCAGGCAAUACCACUUGUGUAAGUUUAUUUGUUUAUUAAUAAAGUUUUGUUGUUGUUGUUGUUGUUGUUGUUGAUAAUUGCAGAGCUCUGUGGGAGGCACAGACAGUCACCCAUUGUCCUGGGUGGGGAGGAUCAAAGUCUUGGUACGAAGGACACAAUUAGAAUAGGACCUGUAGACACUCACUGAAGCCAUGUUUACAUAAUUUCUGUCAGAUUUAUUUAUUUAUUUAGGCUUAUUUAUUUUAUGCUUUGUAAUUAAGGUUGCAAAUGAAAAUGUGCUUAAACUGUGCAUUUUGGUUCAAAGCCAUUGAUACUAUGAAGUCUUCAUCUACAUGAUAUCUUCAAGUUAUUCCUUGGGAAAGGUUGCCUAUCGGGUCAAUGGGUUUGUUCAAGAUUUUUUUAUUAUACGUUUCUUUAACAGUACAUCAAAAUGAAUGAAUGGUGGAAUCAACAUUUUUAAUUCAACUUAAGUAACCCCUCAGAGUUUUGACUUGGCUUCUUGUUGUUUCGUCAAAAAUGUCCUGUAAAAACUGUAAGGGGAGGGUCCAAAGAAUUUGGAAAUAGUAUCUUACCAUCUGCAUUAGCCCUUCCCUCUCUGUAAAUAAUCCCCACUCCCUGAUUUCUUUGAGGUCUUGCUUGAAUAUUAGUUUAUAAGUGCACCUUAAAGCCUCUUCUGCUGUAAUUGUUCCUUCAACUUCUUUUGCAGCAAAGGCAUGUCAUUCUAGAAAAAAAGAAAAUGCUCUGUCAUUCAAUCAAGUACAGCAGAUGCUAUUUAAUUUUAUGAAGCUAAAACAAACAUAGAAAAGUAAUUAUUCAACAAUAAGAUUGUUUUUCCUUGUUUGAUCAUCAUUAAACUUCCCUUCAGUUUUCUUGUGCAUUAAUUAUUGACUGUGUGAUUUGACUGGUGGAUUGAUUUUUGGUGCACUCUCGAUCCUCCUUUUUCCCUCUAUAUGUUAAUUUGUUUUCUUAUUCAGUGUUAAAGUGUUGACCAAAUUACUCCAGAAUUAUGCUGCUUGUGAAAGGCAUCUGUUCAACCGAAGUGCCCCAUAGAGAGAGGAGUAUUUACUAGCUUUGGUCUAGAAUUUUAGGUCUGAUUUGACAGAUCUAUUUGGAUGUUUGUUACCAAGAAAAGAUGUCUUUACUUACAAUAGUUUGGAUUAAUGCAGAUUUUUAACAUAGAAAUUAAUUGCUGUGAACCCAGAUUAUGUCUGUUAGUGAGAGGUGCAUGUAAGCUUAUAGGAGGUGUUGGUUAACAGGGGUUCUUGUACGGUACCUGAUGAAAAUUGGGAUUUUUUCCCCUGCUCAAGUUCUGUGCAAGCUAAAUGUCAUACAUGUUAAUGCUACCAUUUACAACAGUAGUUUAAGAACAUGAGUGAUGUUCAGAAUACUGAAAGUUUAAAAAUAUUACUUUGUCGAACAAUGUAAAUUAUAAUAAUUAUUUAAUCAUGACUAUUACAUUAUUAUUGUAUCAAUUUAUUACAAUAUUAUAGUCACUGCUAUUACAAAUUUUGGCAAUACUAUGCAAAAUAUGCUUACCAUGCAGUCAUAGCUGUUUGCUUGAAAGGGAAUUGCCUUUAAUGUAAAUAGUAGGAGGGGGGGGCUUGCCCCCACCCCCCUUUCCUACCACCACUGCAGCCAUGUUUCUCGACCCAAAAUUGGUCAAGUGAAAAUGUUAAGAUUUUAUUGAACACCAGUUGUAGCAUCCAGGGUGCACGUUUUCUACCCUCCGAUGACUCAAGAAGCACCAUGAAGCAGGAUUGUGUUAGCCUUUGUUUGAACAACUGCCUACUUAUGCAAACCCGCCCAACUGUUGAUUACGGACACUGUUAAGAUCUCAAAGAGGUUUGCUUGUGCCAACAAACUAAGCAAUUAAUGACAUUUUGGGAAAUUGGAGUAGGGCUAUGGUCAACAGCCCACUUUGGUUAUAACAGUGGCGGAUCUAGGGAAGAAGCCUAGCGGGCCGAGCCCCCCUCUUAUUUUUAGACCAAACUGAGGCCCAAAGGGCGGAAAAAAUAUUUUUGGAGACUGCCCCCCUCCCCCUUAUCUCAGGGUCUGGAUGACCAGGCACCACCCCCCCCCUCCUUAUCUGACAGUCUGGAUCCGCCAUUGUAUAAUAAUAUAGCUACUACUCACCUGUGCCUCCAAAUCCUUUGCUUGCCUUGUAGUCCUCGUAGUAGGAAUAUUUUACGGUAUUUCGAGUCUCAAAAUCUUUGAUUAGCUUUGUGCUUCUUCAGUGGAUGAAACAGAAUAUAAAUUAUCAGACAACUUAGUGUGAGCUUUGGCUUCCCGUUGUUUAAUACUGGUAUACUUAGCUUUCUUUUGCUGUCUUUUUUUUUCUACUAGUUUUUUUUUUUUUUUUUUUUUUUUGUGAAUGUUUUGUGUAGCUGUGUGUGGUGUGUGGUACCUGACCCUUUAAUAUAAUCAUUUAUUAAUAACCUAAGUAAGGCUGCCCUAUCUUUUUAGCCCUCAAUGGUUAUUAUCGGCAGCCUGUACUCUCUCUAUAUUUUCAUCUAAUUUUUUUGUAUCAUGUAAAUCAAUGCAGGGUACAGCUGGGUACAAAUAAAGUUGUUUUGUUGCAAGCAUUCAUUAUUAUUUAACAGAGACAGACAUUACACACAUGGAUCAUUCUCUAUUUUUUAUAUUCCUUCCAAUAUUUGAAAAAGUUGUUAAAUGGGGCAGCGGUUCAUUUGAGUUUAAUUUGCUUGUUCGUGUAAUUCUGCAUGAAUGCCAUUCGAUCCGGGGCCAUUAAGGGAUGUUACUCAGUAACAUCUGCUGAAAGGACACCUUCUUGAUGUGCUGAGAGGCUUGAUCGAGGCGAAACAUUAAAACAUCUUUUCCAAACAGCGGCAUCUUCUUGUUUGAAUCAAUCGAGGGAUGAUCGAAAAAGCAAGACAAGACAUCGAAACAAACAUCAGAUCAUCAGACAAAUCAGAGUGGAAGAUCGAAGCGAAGCUUACAUGAGUCACAGGGGGAACCACGAGGCGAGCGUGACGUCAUACGUUUACGAAAUCCGACCGAAGAUGAGAGGGCCUUUCGACGGAUGUUAACGAGUGCUGACCGCUCAGGUGGGGUUAGCCUGUUCCAGGCUCAGAGAUAGUUGGGCUUGCAUGCCUUUUACUUUCGCGUCUUCCCUACUAUCUGAGAGCCUGGAACAAGCUAAGGUGGGGUAAACCGCGCUUACCGGAAAUUUUACAAGCCCGCCAUCCCGGGCUGUACUUUCUCAAGAUUAUUACAUGGUCGCAAUGCAUGUUAUUAAACAAAACAGAAAGGCGAACAAAUGACUUGUUUUGGUGGUUAAUGCUCUCUACCCUCAGUUGCUGCAACCGUUCAGUCACUUAAAAUAAUGCAAAGCUUCCGCUGAAGGCAGUUAAUUGUUCAGUCAACGAAUUUGAUGUAAACAUGAAUCCAACCCCGGUUAGGCGAUUACCCCACCUUGAAAGGUUUAAUAUAAGACAUUACUUCGUCUUUCUUUUACAAGAACGUCUUAUAUGAUGAUGCUUUGUAUUUUGUGCGAGAAUAUAUCUUCGUUUCAUGCCAUUACAAAUAAUCCUUCCAUCCCAAUAAAUAUGUGAGAUAAUACCCUUUAACACUACACUUCAAAUGACCGAUUAAUUAGUCCAAGGCAGAUAAGAGGAGAGAAGGCAAUGGGUUUGUUUAAGGUAGUGUUUUGAGUUAUCCACUGAUGAUGAGUUAUCCAGAAUGUUUUAGUGUACUUUCAAUACCAGAACUAGUGGGCAAGGGUUUCAGUAAAUUCCCCGCAGUAAGAACAGAAUUCUGCUUGUUUAAGGCCGGUUUUAAAGAGGAAGUAGUUUGUUGCUAUUUGUCUGUGAAGGAACAUGAAUUGGAACACUCGUAACGUUUUUUUCUGUUGUACUCAGAAAAGGGAGGCGGCAUGUAUUCUCCCAGUUCACAUUCACAUUUCCUAUUAUAUUUUCCUUAAACAGCCAUUUUCCCUGGCUUUUAAGAGGGGUGGUGGCCUUUUUUCGAUAAUUGAUUUGUAAACGGUUUUACAGGCUUUUUCUAUAAAUCUUGCCAAGAUUUAUAAAAAAAUGUUUUAAAGACAUUUUCCAUACGGACGGAAAUUUUAUAUUAAGUUAUACUACAAUUAUUGGCUUAUAGUGGCUGAUAAAUUGAAACUUGAAUUAACGUUACAUUUUGUUGAGUGUACUCAACUGUUCUCAGUUUAGUCCCCAGGGCCGGGUUGUUCAAAGGUAGGUUAAGAUAAUCCAGGGUUAGUGCGAAAUUUGAAUUCAGAUAUGAAAGCUUAAAGGGCAAAUUCAGUUUAAUUCUUUUUGUCUACAAUUUGAUGAUUGGCUACUCUAGAAAGGUUAGAGAAAAUUGUCCAAGAAAAUGCUUUUGAUGAUGAGAAAAAGAGAUCCGGGUUAAAAUUUACCCCUGGUUUAGUGCUAAUCGGCCUUCGAACAACAGGGCCCAGAACGCUGGAAAUGGCAUUUUAGGGCUUUUCAAUUUCAAACUUUUCUGGGAGACCCCCAUAAAACUGAGAAGGAGACUAACGCCGGGUCUCUUAAUACAGUCAGUGACUCUAUUCAAACCUGCCAGCUACUUCAAUAGUUAUUGAAACCCCUGGGCCCGUUUUUUUCAAACUUGAAAAAUGCACAACAAUAAAGAAACAUUAAGAAAAGAUGUCUUGGUGCAAUGGGGGUAUAAACAUCUUGAGCAAUUGAUUUCAGAGCUAACUGUGAGCGACUCGUGUGGUUAAAUCUAAGCCAGUGUAUUUCAAGACAAAAAUUUACAUGCCAAAAAAAUUGCAGCAUGGAAAAUGAGUGUUGGAUUUUAGAAAGUAAGAAAGUGCGCACCUUGUUUCCUAAAAUUAUUAGGGUAACUUCUGAUUAACUCCAUCAUAUGAAGGCCACUAAUUUUGAUAUCCCAUAUCAUGUUGACCCAUAGGGUUGAUAAAGGAACUAAAAUCCUCUUGAUGCGAGUGACUCUCACAACCAAAUACGUCUUAAAAUUAAACACUAUUAUAUUUUAACCUUUAUUAUGAGGAGACUUACUCUCCUCACAGUAUUAUUCUUCUGUUAACUUCUAAGCUUUCUUCUUCAACUUAACCCUCAUUGAUCUUCAACAGUUCUGUAUAUAUUUCUCUCUUUCUCUUCUCUUUCUCUCUCUAUAACUGCAUACUGAACCUAUUCCUUAGCAGCUCGUUAUAUAUUUCCUUGGUCAUUGCUAAUAGGUUUACAUAAAUAAUAAUGCGUAGGAUGUAUCUGCCAACAAAAACGAGUCAUAAAACUUAUGCUUCCUUAGUUAAUUACUAAAACGGUCGAGAUGUCCAUUAAUUUAAAAGAUAAGUAUCUUCCGAGCGACGUCAAGUUUGGAGACAAGAUGUCCCACUCUCAAAAAGCACACUGUUAAUAUUUAUGUUUCUGCGUGAAAAGCUUAUUAGUAAAUUGGUUAUUAAAUCUUUAAAAUCGGGGACGGAGAUUAGUCCUGUGACAGGGUCCUUUGACUUGUUACCAUUAGCUUCUUUGACUUACACGAAUUCUUUUCCUUUCAUAUGCAAAAAAGAUCUAGUUCAGGACUCGGAGAAAGCUGGACGAUGAGACUGACGACAAAAAGAUAUAUUAUCUGGCUUUGUGUCAUCCUGCUAGGAACUUACAUCAUUUGUUUGCAGAUGUGUCAAUACUGCAAGAGAAAUAGAAAGGUGGGUCAGGAGAGCUCUUUGGUCCCCCAGUGGUUUCUCUAAAGGAAGUAUUAACUGGCAGUUUUGUAAAACUUGGCGACAAAACGGAAUGAUGCCUGCUCUUCUUUAAGAGUCUUUAAAGCUGUAAAUAUUUUUUCGCGUCAAAGGACAUAUGUCUAGCCAUGGCCAAGUCAUUAUUGGUCGGACAAAACAAAAAUGCGGUCUGACUUAAUUGGGCUCACGUACAGUAUGCCUCUUAAUCAACAGACCAUUUUCGAGUUCCUAAGUGCAAACGCUUUCUUGUGAAAAUGAGUUUUAUUUGCAUGAAACUAAUGAAUCACUUUUAUAUUAAUAGCUUCGCACAUCCCCUCGAUUUGAAACAGAGGUUUGUAGAAAUUCGGAAUUGUAUAUUUUUGCAUAGCUGAUGCGGGAUUUGAUUGGCAAGCGUUGAGGCCGGUGCUCUUGUUGGUUUUUUUGUAUAAAAGUAUUUGGUCUACUUUAGAAAGUGACCAAAUGAUUUGGAAAAAACCUCCUAGAUUUUUUAAAGGGAACCUCCACUUCAACAAAAAGAUAACUUUAAAUCGCAGGAAAUAACUGUUACAGUCAAGUCAAUCUAAAAUAUUUUUAAAGAAAGCGUUUGUAUCCGAAAGAAAUAACUUUUAGAUUCGCCUAUUUUUGUUUUCAAAUUUUGCGGGCGUCGCCAUCUUGAAUAAUUGUGACGUGUAAUGGUUGCCCUAUUGUUAUUAAACAAAAACUCUUUGUGUCAGAACAAUAGAGCAACCGUAACACGUCACAAUUAUUCAAGAUGGCGGCGCCCGCGAAAUUUGAAAGUGAAAAUAAGCGAUUUUAAAAUUCUCUUUUCCUGAUAUAAACACUUUUUUUAAGACAAAUUUCGAACAAAUUUGUUUAUCAACAUAAUUUAUUCGAUUUAAACUUAUUCUGUACUAAGAGUGGAGGUUCCCUUUAAAACAAAAUGAUAUUCUUCAGAUGAAUCGUCGUUUUAUAUGACCAUCGUUGAAAAGCUACAAGGCGAUAAAAAGGGUUAUAAUGCGUAGUCUGAAAUGUCAGUAGUCUCCUUUCUCUAACCCGUGGGAAUGCAGGGGAGAGAGACUCAGGGCAUCUAAAUUUCACAUUUCCCCGGGGGAUCAAGCGCUCGAACCCCCUUAGUAUGCUCACGCUUAACACAGGUUUGGACUAACACCCUCCCCUACCCUCUCAGUCUUGCUCCGCGGUCCCUGUAAGAAAGUGUAUGUCAAUAAAGAAAAGUAAAGAAUGCAUCAAAGGAUGAGCGCAUCCCAAGGGUGAGGGGGGAGGAGAUGGCUUAUAUUUCAGACUAUAUAAUGCGCAAUUUUUUGUCGGAAAUUUCGUGUCUUAAGUGAACUGCACCUUCUCAAGAGGCACCUCAAUGCAUGCCAAUUAAGUCCCUAUUUCUCGCAAUAGGUUAAAGCAAUCCACAUGAUCUUCUCAUAAGCGUUUCUUUUUUUUAAAGGAAUGAAACUACUAAGAAGUGAAAUUGCAUUUCAAAAGCCCUUCGUUUUUUAUGAAAUAACAGCCGAUCAAUCAAGAUUUUCCAAUUUUUACUGCGGAAUUUAUUAAUGUUUUAAAACUUCAUCCCAAAAUAACUCGAUAACGCUCUCGUAGAUUUUCCUCAAAGUUCACUCUGCAGCUUGCCAUUCUCAUGGUACAAAACAGUCCACAAAAGAGGCACUGGGACAAGACAAAUAAAGGAAGGUACCAUUUAAAAUUACGUAUGCCUUUUGUUGGUCUUGCCCCAGUGCGACUUUUGCGUCCCAGCAUGCCGGUUUUGUACCACGUGAAUGGCAAGCUGCAAAGGGCCUUUUAGAGGAAGAAGCUCCCUUGAACUAGUGCCGAGAAAUACGGCCGCGAGGUAAAAAUGGUAAUAAAGUCAUUACGUGGCAUAAUACUGGUCACAGCAAAUCUUCAUUUUUAUCUAAUACUCCAGUGGUGGUCAUUUUCCGUAUCUUUGUUAAUGGCAACGUAUUCAGUGCAAAAACAUGAGAGGUAUUGACCCUGAAAAAUCCAAUCGAGCCACCUUAAGGUCCCUUAUGUUUCACUACUGACUACUUCUGUGCUUGUAGGAACCCAAAACAUGGUCAGAGUGUCAGGUGACCGUUGCCAAAGGUUCCUCCUGCUUUUCAUCGUUUUUAGAGGACUGGAUUUGCGUCAGUGAGAAGCCCCGAGAUGAGGACGUAUUUUCCAACUACAUUGGAAAAGACUGUGAAGAUAUACGAAAGAAGCAAUUUCCUCACCCUACCCCUACACAAGAAGAAAAGGACUUUCCAAUCGCUUACGCUAUGGUUGCAUUCACUAACGCGAAUUUGGCAGAGAAAGUUUUACAAUCCAUUUACAUGCCGCAUAAUAUUUACUGCAUUCACGUAGAUGUAAAAUCCUCUGAGGCAUUUCGCUAUGCAAUGUGGGCCAUGAGUAGUUGCCUUGACAACGUUUUUCUGACCACGAAAACGGUAGACCUUAUAUGGGCACACGUCAGUACCCUAUAUGCACAGCGAAACUGCUUAAGUGACUUAAUGGAAAGCCCAGUACAGUGGAAAUAUUUUAUGCAUAUAUCUGGACAGGAGUUGCCACUUUACAAGAACGCCGAAAUUGUGCGCGCUCUUGCCAAUCUGAAUGGGUUUAAUAACAUUGAAAGCUUUGCCAUACCUAAAGGCAACUGGCCUCGAAUGUUGUACUCACAUAGGGUAGAGGUUGUUAAAGGUGCAGAUUUUCAUAGCAGAUACAAGUGGUCUCGGACUGAUAUUGCGAAAAGUCCCGCCCCUUGGGGAAUUCAGCUAAAGAAGGGCUCUAACUUUGUGGCUCUCACUCGUGAAGCUGCCAACUUUAUCCUUCAUAAUAAAGUAGCGAUCGACUUUCUGUCAUGGCUGAAUGACACUGAAUCUCCAGACGAAGCAUUCUAUUCUUCGCUUCAGCAACACCCUGGUUUCCCAGGAGGCAUCAGGGGUGAGCAACCUGAGUGGAUCUUACGUGCGGUUAGCUGGGAAGAUGAGAACACGUGUUACGGAAGAUGGGUCCGAAACGUUUGCUGGGUCACAACACGUGAUCUGAGUUGGAUAUUGGGUUCAUAUUUUCGUAAUAGAAUCUUCGUUACUAAGAUCCCGUUUGAUUACAGAGAGGAACUUGUCAAGUGCUUAGCAAUCGCAAGAUCAACAAGGAAAUAUGGUCAAGUGUUUAAUUUCUCUUUGAACUAGCAGG